UACCCGUCCAGAAAAUUCCAUGGCAGACCCACAGCCACGUCUGUUGCCGCCAGGCUUUUUCUUAAACAGGUCACAAUCCGGAAAUGAGAGACAAAUAGAUGAGGCAAUUGAGCAUGUAACAACCGACGCUGCUGUGGCUGCUGCCGAUAGUUCCAACGGUCGUACUGAAACAGUAGGUGACUCGCUUGUAGCAGGCGAACCAGUCCGACGUCCAAGAGCGGAACCAGCGCUAGCGUCUAGGAGUCUCUCAUCACCACCAGAUGCGUCGUACAUUCAUGGGCCAGGAGCAAUGAACAUUACUGGCGGAAAUAUCAACAUUGGAGGAAACGUCAACUUUGGUGGUAGCACCACAAGUUCAAACAACCCCCAAAGUCCGACAUCCGAAGAUGUACAAAUGUCUGCAAGAGAUGAGUGGUCUUUCCGUCUUUAUGUACAAUCUAAAAUUGGUAGAGACAUCUGGACACUGGCAUCAAUGUUGGAGAUUGAUGAGGCAAAAGUGGAGUUUAUAAGAUCAGACUUUGUCCGUGAUCUCAGUGGAGCGUGUGGUGCCAUCCUCAAGAAAUAUAAAGAGCAAUGGAGAGGCAGUGCAGCUGAUGCAAAACGCAAUCUUAUAAGAGUACUAAGGGAUGAGCCAUUGCGUCGAAAUGACAUUGCAGAUAUACUUGCUACCCAGUAGUUGACGCAAGUGAAAAAUUCAUUUCAUAGCAGUGUUUGCGUAGGGUUACCAUAUGUUUAUAAACUUUCUUAAGUAAAUGUUUUAGAAGUGUGACUUUUAGCAUAGUGAAAAUUAUGUGUUUUAGCUUUAGCCAUUCUUUUCUUUGAUUUUUUGAUGUACCAGUGAUCGGAAUCCAGUAAGAAUCUUUGCCUCUCUCUUUGAUCUCUCGG